GUUGCUGUGACGUCAUACGGCUGCGCCGCGCUACGCUGCGUCUGUUAUGAAUCUGCUGAAGAAGAAAGGAAAACUCCUGGAGAAACAUCAGAGAUCCACGUAAUGAUGGCGUUGAUUAAACAGGAGAGUGAAGACAUAAAGAUCACUGAAGUGUACAGCUUGAAACCCAAAGAUGUUGAGCAACAAACAGACGUGAUGCAUCUGAAAGAGGAGAGUCCAGAACUGGAGGUUAACAAAGUGAAAAAUCAGCAGGAGAAAGAUCCUGAUUUCAAAACUGGAGAAAAGCCUGUUAGUCGCUCAAUUACAAAGUCCUCACAAAAAAGAGCCGUGAAGACAAAAAUUACAAGUGAUUUCCCCUGUCAACAGUGUGGAAAAAGUUUUACUCGAAAAUCAAACCUUGAAGGCCACAUGAGAAUCCACACCGGAGAGAAGCCGUUCAAAUGCCGACAUUGUAAAAAGUGUUUCGGUCAAAAACGAAACCUUGAAGUCCACGUGAGAGUUCACACGGGAGAAAAGCCGUUCACAUGCGGACAGUGUGGAAACGGUUUCGCUCAAAAAUCAAGCCUCAAUCUCCACAUGAGAGAUCACACUGGAGAGCGUCCAUUCACCUGCCCACAGUGUGGGAAACAAUUCACUCUAAAAGGGAACCUGAAUGUCCACAUGAAACGUCACACUGGAGAGAAGCCUUUCACCUGCGACCUGUGUGGCAAGAGCUUCACACUGAAAGGGAAUCUACAGAUUCACUUGAGUAUUCACUCCGGAGCGAAGCCGUUCAAAUGUGACCAGUGUGGGAAGAGUUUCUCACUAAAGGGAAAUCUACAGAUUCACAUGAGAAUUCACUCCGGAGUGAAGCCGUUCACAUGUGACCAGUGUGGGAAGAGUUUCAGGUCUAAACAAUCUCUUGAAACCCACAUGAGGAUUCACUCGAGAGAGAAAUGUCAUCAGUGUGGACGAAGCUUCACUGACAGCGACCAGCUGAAGAACCAUGUAAAAACACACAGCGGAGAGAAGCCUCACAUGUGCCUUCACUGUGGAGUGACAUGCUUAAGCGAUUCAAGCCUGCAGAGGCACAUAAGAGGUCACGCUAGAAAGAAGCCUUUUGCCUGUCCUCAGUGUGACGCGAGUUUCACAAAUCAAAGAGACUUGAAACAACACUCGCAAACUCAUUCUAGAAAGAAACCUACAGGGUCUAAGGCUGCCAAGAGGAAAAAAAGCAAUAUCUAAAAUCACCUGUAAAUUUUCUCUGGAGGAAAGUGAUUUAAUCUUGCUCAGGGUCGAAUAUUAUUUUAUUUUUUAAUUAUUUUUAGUCACGCUUGCAGAUACAGUUGGGUUGACAAUUCUAAAUUCCACCAGAAAAUUGUUGCAAAAUUAUUUAAUUGAUUGUUUAAUACAUCCGAAUUAAAAUGUUUGCUGUGAAAUGCCACAGUGUAAGUGGAGAUAAAGGGUAAAAAUGAAUAAAAUAAUGAACAUUGCACUGAA